GCGCUCGCCUCUUCCCUCCGUCCAGAUCCACCACCUCCUCCUCCGCCAGUCCGCCUCCACGGCUCGGCCAGUGCCCGCUCCUCGAUGGCCGGCCGCUCGCGCCCGCAGCCGCAGCCGCACUCGCCGUCUGCCUCCACGCGGCGGCGCGAGCGGUGGCUGGUCGUCCUCGGCGUCGCGCUCCACGCCGUGUACAUGCUCAGCAUAUUCGACAUCUACUUCAAGUCCCCCAUCGUGCACGGCAUGGCGCCCGUGCCGCCCCGGCUCUCCGCGCCUCCCGCCAAGCGCCUCGUCCUCCUCGUCGCGGACGGGCUCAGGGCGGACAAGUUCUUCGAGCCGGACGAGCGGGGGAGGUACAGGGCGCCGUUUCUGCGCGGCGUGAUCCAGGAGAAGGGGCGAUGGGGGGUCAGCCACGCCCGCCCGCCCACCGAGUCCAGGCCCGGCCACGUCUCCAUCAUCGCAGGCUUCUACGAGGACCCCAGUGCUGUCACCAAAGGAUGGAAGGCCAAUCCAGUUGAGUUUGAUUCUGUAUUCAAUCAAAGUCGGCACACUAUCUCAUUUGGAAGUCCAGAUAUUGUUCCUAUAUUCUGCAGUAGCCUACCUCACAGCACCUGGGGCACUUAUCCCCAUGAAUAUGAAGACUUUGCAACAGAUGCAUCAUUUCUGGAUCAUUGGUCAUUUGACCAGUUUCAAGGUCUUCUCAACAGAUCUUUCGAUGAUGUUAAAUUGAGGCAUUUACUCCUACAGGAUAAGUUGGUUAUAUUUCUGCACCUACUGGGUUGUGAUACCAAUGGCCAUGCACACAGACCCUAUUCAGAUAUCUAUCUGAACAAUGUCAAGGUUGUCGAUCAAAUAGCUGAAAGUGUGUACAGUCUCAUGGAAAACUACUUCAAUGACAACCAAACAGCUUACGUGUUUACCGCAGAUCAUGGAAUGAGUGACAAAGGAAGCCAUGGAGAUGGACACCCUUCAAACACCGAUACUCCUCUUGUAGCAUGGGGGGCUGGAAUUAGAAGCCCAAAGUUCUUGGCUUAUACAGAGAAACCUGAUGAUGGCUUUCGGUUUGUUGAUGACCAUAAGCAUGAUACACCCACUCCACAAGACUGGGCCCUUGAAGGCUUUGAAAGAGUGGAUGUCAACCAGGCUGAUAUAGCUCCUCUAAUGGCCACACUUGUGGGUUUGCCAUGCCCAAUGAAUUCUGUUGGGAGCUUACCUACUCAUUAUUUGAAAUUAAACAAGGCUGAUGAAGUUGAAGCAGUUCUGGCCAAUACAAAGCAAAUUCUUAACCAGUUUCUCCGAAAAUCACAGCUGAAGCACUCCAGUUCACUCUACUUCAAGCCUUUUAUGCCACUGGCAAACUGUUCUUCAGUGCUCAAUCAGAUUGAAGAUCUUAUAUCUGGAAGGGAUUAUGAAGCUGCCAUGAAGCAUUCUGAAGAGCUCCGAAGGAUGGCUCUUGCUGGUCUUCAUUAUUUCCAAACAUAUGAUUGGUUCAUGUUAAUGACAACAAUUACCCUUGGAUAUAUUGGAUGGAUGAUGAACCUCAUUCUACACGUGCUGCAGUCUUAUACAUCAUUUCCUGCAAAUCUUCUAAAGAGUACUCAAUUGUAUCCUAAGAAUACCUCGACGAAAGUUUACAUAGGUGGAUGUUUCUUUAUGGGUUUGUCAUCCAUUAUACUACUUCUAGAGAAAUCUCCACUUCUUUACCAUGCUUAUGUAUUUAUGACAAUAUUCCUUUGGACAAGAAUUGUACAAAAUUUUGAAUUUCUGAAGGCAGUAUGGAGAGAAUUAUCUAAUAUGCCCUUCAAGUAUAUUUUGAAUCUCCUGAGCAGUUCGAUUGUUGCAUUGGUUGUAUUGGAGUUUCUGGUUAUGAGCUUCUUUGAUAGGAAAAUUUAUACGUGGUGCUUCUUGGUGCUUGGGAUACUUGGUUCAGCUUAUGCAGCCUUAUUUAUUCAAGCUAGCCCUGCACUUGCGAUAUACAUAUGGCUUGUUUGCUGGUUCCUGUCUGUAUUCACAUUGAUGCCAGCUGAAAUUCCAGAAAACAACAACUUGGUAAUUUUUAGUGGGGCACUCAUAAUACUGAUUGCAAUGGCUUCGAGAUGGACUAACUCAAAUAGUACCAGCUUUUGGCUCUAUCUCACUCGAGCAAAUAAACGGGAGCCUCAAUCCUCUAAGCUAUUUUUUGUACAGGUUAUUUUGGUUGCAAUAUCUUCAUUAAUGGUGUGGUUAUCUACCUCACAUCGGUCUCAGAACAGAGAAUUGCACUCAUUGCACCAGUUGAUCAACUGGUCUGUAGCUGGUGUUGCUAUGGUGCUACCUCUUUUCUCACCACAUAGUGUUCUAUCUCGUCUUACAUCUAUCUACUUGGGUUUUGCUCCUCCGUUUCUGCUGCUUUCUAUUGGCUAUGAAGCAGUUUUCUAUAGUGGUUUUGCAAUGGUACUCAUUGGAUGGAUAUUUGUGGAAUCUGCCAACUUGUAUUGCUCAGAGGAAAGCAAUUCUACACGUCGUAGAAGCCUUGUGGAUGGGUCAUUUUUUGGUUAUGAAGAAAGACACUUGCAACUAUCUGAUCUAAGAAUACCUCUGUUAUUUGUGAUCUUAUUUAAUGUCGCCUUCUUUGGAACCGGUAAUUUUGCAAGUAUUGCAAGCUUUGAGAUCUCAUCUGUGUACAGAUUCAUUACAGUAUUUAGUCCAUUUCUUAUGGCAGGACUUCUGAUUUUUAAAUUGUUUAUUCCGUUUAUGCUUGUCAUAUGUACAUUUAGUGCAAUAACCAAGAUUGUCCGAAUCCCACGACUGGGCUGCUAUUUUCUUGUAAUACUGCUUUCAGACGUAAUGACUAUUCAUUUCUUUUUCCUGGUACGAAAUACCGGUAGUUGGAUGGAGAUUGGCAACAGCAUUAGCCAUUUUGGAAUCGUGAGCGCCCAAGUAGUCUUUGUUUUGCUGCUUUUUGCCCUGACAAAUAUAUACACUAGAGAUAUUGAGGUCUCAUCUCGGCAACUAACCUCACGGAAAGUUAUGUAAAUUGUUCAGAUCUUUUAGAGAUCCACUAAAAUGCAUUCAUCUUUUUUUUUAUUAACUUCUGGGCGCAGCUUUCAUUUUUAGCCCAAGUUUUGUAACUUAGCUUGUGUAGUUUGUAGAUGGACCGUGUAUCAAAAUUUUGUGCUAAUUUCUUUUGCAUACGUAAAACUUUAAUACAUUUCCAUUAUAUCCA